AUGGAGACCUUUCGGCCGCGAUCCGAUAUCGAGGACCGUGGGUCUCGAUUGCUGAUCAUCAAUUGCACGGUGACAGGCUUCGCAGCAAUUAUCGUGGUUCUUCGCACGAUUUCGAGGAUCUUCAUCGUGAAAAUAGUUGGCCCGGACGACUGGAUCAUGAUGGCUGCGACGAUUUUUGCAGCUUUGAACGUGGUGGUUGAUGGUUUUGGUACAUCUUUCGCUCCUUUUAUGAUGAUCCCAUCUCUUAUGAGUCAAGCAUGGAUUAGGAAGCACAAAUGGGAUCUCACCGAAGCAGACCUGUUUCCUGCAGCGAAGGUUCGAUACGUAACUCACAUCAUUGAUACCCUGGUCAGCGGUCUGAUCAAGGUAUCAAUAUGCCUGUUAUACCUGCGCGUGUUCCCUAACAUCCGAGUAAUAUCACUUGGAACGAUCGCAUUCGUCACGGCCAUGAGUGUCGCAAUUAUGCUUGCAAUCAUCUUUCAGUGUUCUCCAAUCGAUGCUGUCUUUGACGAACAAAAAUAUGAACAUUAUACCUGCUUUGAAUCCGUUCCAUUCUGGUAUUUGAGCCCCGCGCUGUCUCUGGUGAUGGAUGUUUGGAUUCUUCUCUUGCCGCUGAAAACAGUUCUAGGUCUUCAACUUGAGACUAGGAAGCGAUUUGUCGUCGCUGGUUUGCUAUCAUUGGGUUCCUUUGCAUGUAUCGCCAGCAUCAUACGGAUGGUCCACAUUGUGAAAAUGUAUCAAAGCCCAGAUCCUUCCUGGGAUACCUUUGGGAUUUCAAUUUGGUCAGGAAUCGAACUGGCUGUCGCUAUCAUUGCUGCCAGCAUCCCGCCAACCAAGCCGAUCAUGAGCAGGCUAUUUCCAAGGCUGUUUUCCAGCAGCGUUGUAUCGCAGUCAACCAGCCACCGAGCUUAUUCGCCAGGCAGUCGAGUUGAGAGUCCUCGAGGCCGCUACCAACCGAGGGAUGUUAUUCCACUCUCACCUUUCACGACGAGAGAAGGAAGUGAUAUGGGGGAUGAUGAGUCUACAAUAACGCAUGCAAAUCGACCAUGA